AUGCCGCGGUGCGGCGCGUGUAAGGAGGUUGCCAGCUUCGUCCUUCCUUCUAGCACUAAAACUCCGAAAGUUUGGAUCGCAGCUGGAGCGGGAAGUGAAAACAUCCAGAGUCACCCGCCUCCUCCCGAAAUCGCCUCCAUCUCCCCCUCAAAAUCCCCUGCUCCUCGCUCCGUUCCAAAUCGUCUCCCCCCUCCGGGAACCAUUCGCGCGGCUCCGAUUCGCUCCGUCGCCGCAUUCGCGCCGGCCUGGGCUCCGUCCAACUACCGUUGCAAAUCCAGAUCCGGUGAAACUAGUGGCAGGAGCAGUAGUAGGAUUUGGACCAGGCAAGUCAAGACUGCGAGAAAUUUUGGGGUUGCUGCCUUGCUGAGCCCUGAGAUGCCUGAGUCCAGGGAUGGCAGGAGAGCGGCCCUCGCUGACCUCUCAGGCGGGGUUGGCGGCGGAGGGUUCUUUAUCAGGAGGGUGGCCUCGCCGGGAGCCCUGGCGGUGAGGGGUGCUGGGAAGCCGUUGGCGCGGCGUUAUAUGUCACCCUCGAGGAACAAGGAGAACCUGCUGCCAGUUUGGGCGUUGAGGGCCGCACCGACAAAGAAGAGCCUGCUUCCUGGAUGGUACCCCAGGACGCCGCUCCGUGAUAUUACGGCCAUUGCAAAGGCCAUUCAGAGAAGCCGUUCAAGGAUUGCUGCAGCUCAGCAGCAAAGCCAAAGGACCGAGCAGUCUCUGCAAUCUGUGAACGUGACUACUCCAGCACAGGCAGAGCAGGAUGCUCCUCACAUUGCUGAAGCCUCCCAUGCUGUUGCAUCUGGCUCCGGCUCAACUGAAAGAGAAACUGUAGCAAACCCUGCUACUGUCUUGGCUGAUGACAAUUUGAAUGUGUCUUCCUCGCCAGCAGAAAGCUCACUGAAUACUCCAUCCAAACCAAUGGAUCCUGCCCUUGCUGACAUUGUUGAGAAGAAACUUUCCAGUUCAAUAGAGAAGAUAGAGAAGUUGGUGAGGAAAAACCUGAAGCGAACACCAAAGGCUGCCCGGGCCUCCAGGAGAGCCACCCAGAGGCGCAACCUCAUGUCCAUGCGAUGA